GAACGCGCAUGUAAUAAUUCCGUCGACGUCGCAGCAGGUUCAUCGAAAGACGACUUCCAUUUUGCAAUUGCAACCCCACUGCUCUAAUCAUGGCCCCUGCCAAAAACUCCACCAAUGGCUUCGACAUCAUGCGCACCCCCAGCCUGAACAAGGGACUCGAGUUUAGCCCCGAGCAACGCACCAACCAAAAACUUCGCGGGCUGUUGCCUGCGGCCGUGUGGACGCCGGAACAGCAUUUGGAACAUGCCAUGAUUCAGUUGCGCAGCAAAGUGACGCCGCUGGAAAAGUACAUCUUCAUGCAAAGCAUGCAAGACAACAACGAAGACUUGUACUACCGCAUGCUCGUCAACUACACGCAUGAACUGAUGCCGAUUGUGUACACGCCCACCGUCGGCCAAGCGUGCCAAGAAUUCAGCCACAUUUACCGCCAAACGCCGCGCGGGCUGUACAUUUCCAUCAAUGACUUGGGCCGCGUGAGCGAACUCUUGGACAACUGGCCGGAGCACGACAUCCGUGCCAUUGUGUUUACCGACGGCGAGCGCAUUUUGGGGCUGGGCGAUCUCGGCAUUAACGGCAUGGGCAUUCCCGUGGGCAAGUUGGCCCUGUACACGGCGUGCGCUGGCGUGCACCCCAAGUACUGCCUGCCCGUGACCCUCGACGUGGGCACCAACACGCAGUCGAUCUUGGACGAUCCGUUCUACAUGGGCUUGAAACAGAAACGCGACCGGACGGAAAAAUACGACCAGCUCGUCGAUGAAUUUAUGCACGCUGCCAAGGCCAAGUACGGUCCCCAAGUGUUGCUCCAAUUUGAAGACUUUGGCAACACGAAUGCGUUCCGGCUGCUCCACCGAUAUCAAAACACGCACUGCACGUUCAACGACGACAUCCAGGGCACGGCGUGCGUUGUCCUAGGGGGCCUGUACGCGGCGGAAAAGCUGACAAACAAGCCCCUGGCCGAGCACACGUUUGUAUUUUUGGGCGCGGGGGAAGCCGGCACGGGGAUUGCCGACUUGAUUGCGAUGGCGAUUGCCAAGGAGAGCAACUCGUCGUUGGAAGUGGCCCGCCGUCGCAUCUACUUGGUCGACUCGAAGGGCUUGGUGACCAAGGACCGAUUGGACUCUCUCCAACACCACAAACUGCUGUACGCACACGACGAAGAGCCCGCCGCGAACCUCCUGGAAACCAUCCACCGCAUCAAGCCGUCCGUGCUCGUAGGCGUGUCGACGAUCGCGCAUUCCUUUUCGCAACAAGUGUGCGAAUUCAUGGCCGCUACGAACGAACGACCGGUGAUCUUUGCCCUGAGCAACCCUACGAGCAAGGCCGAAUGCACGGCCGAAGAAGCGUACACGUUUACGAACGGCCAGUGUGUGUUUGCCAGCGGGUCGCCCUUUGACCCUGUGACACUGCACGGCCAAACGUACGUGCCUGGGCAAGGCAACAACGCAUAUGUGUUUCCUGGCAUUGGCCUCGGCGUGGUCGCGGCGGGGCUCACCCGCGUGGACGACAACAUUAUGCUCAUUGCCGCGCAAACGUUGGCGGACAAGGUGACGGACGCCGACCUGGCCACGGGCAGCGUGUACCCGCCGCUGUCUUCGAUUCGCCAAGUGUCGGUCGAGAUUGCCGCCGCCGUGGCGGAAUACGGAUUCAAACAAGGGUAUGCCACCGUGGAGGCCCCGGCGUCGUGGGUCGACCACUGUAAAGCUGUCAUGUACAACCCCUAAGGGUAUAUAUAUAUAUAUACUCCCAGGAAAUAAUAUACUACUACAGAGUUAUCAUCACC